CGUGAUAUGCUUCCGAAUACCACUGAUACUCAAGUCAUAUAUCCAUUCAUAAGACUAGCGUAGCUGGCCGAGCAGGUGGAUAUUUAUAGACAGCGUGGUUUUUCGCGCAGGAUAUCCCCUAAAAACUGUUCACGUUUGAAAACUGACGCACUUUCAUAAUUCAUUUCCAUUUCGGCACCAGACACAUAGGCACUGAUGGCGAUGUUGCCGGUACGGUUUCUUUCAAGAUGCAGGAGUGUAAAUCUCUUUCACGAUCAAGCUCGUUGCUCCGCUGUCACUUUUCUCCAGGGAAGGCGUUAUAGCGGGGUUGGCCAGAGAUCCAAAGAACUGAAACAGAUGCUCACAUCCAACAAUUUAGAAUACUUAAUGGAAGCCCAUAAUGGAUUGAGUGCAAAGAUUGUCCAAGAAGCAGGUUUCAAGGGUGUGUGGGCGAGCGGCCUGGCGAUGUCAGCUCAGAUGGGGGUGCGAGACAGCAAUGAAGCGUCCUGGACCCAAGUCCUGGAUAUUCUGGAGUUCAUGACGGACGCAUGCGAUAUUCCUGUAUUGGUGGAUGCUGACACUGGCUACGGCAACUUCAACAACGCACGUAGGCUUGUGAGGAAGCUGGAAGAGAGAGGCGUAGCUGGUGCAUGUUUAGAAGACAAGCUGUUUCCAAAGACCAACUCAUUACACGAUGGCCGUAGCCAGCCUUUAGCUGACGUAGAAGAGUUUGCACUCAAGAUCAAGGCAUGUAAGGAUCAUAUGCGAGACCCCAACUUCUGUAUCGUGGCCCGAGUGGAAGCAUUCAUAGCUGGCUGGGAACUCGAUGAAGCAAUGAGACGUGCCGAAGCAUACUUAGAAGCAGGAGCAGACGCCAUCUUGAUGCACAGCAAGCGGAAAGAUCCGUCCCAGAUUGAGAGCUUCAUGAAGGCAUGGAAUAACAAGGGGCCGGUCGUCUUAGUGCCGACGACGUACUACACCACGCCGACCGAGCAGUUCCGAAACAUGGGCGUAUCCACAAUCAUCUGGGCCAAUCACAAUAUCCGGGCGUCGGUGAAGGCCAUGCAGGAGCUGAGUAAGCAGAUUCAUCAAGAACAGAGCCUUGUUGGCAUCGAGAAGGACGGGAAGGUUGUGACAGUGAAGGAGAUUUUCCGUCUCCAGGACGACCAGGAGCUGGUGCAGGCCGAGGACAAGUACCUCCCCGAGAGAUAAUGAUAGUGCUUGUAUAGAGUCAACCCUGGAUAAAACAACUCAUCAUCUACAGUGAAACCUGGUCAUAACAAACUCCCACAUCACCAUCUAUAGUAAAACCUGGUUAUAACAAACUCCACCAUCUAUAGUGAAACCUGGUUAUAACAAACUCUGUCUAUAGUGAAACCUGGUUAUAAAAAACUCCACCAUCUAUAGUGAAACCUGGUAAUAACAAACUCCACCAUC